CGCUCCCGAGCGCGGCAGCGUCGUCUCGGCCGUGCAGCUGCCGCCACCGCCUCCCGUGUCUGCCUACACGCCCGUCUGCCCGCAGCAUGAGCGGCCUGCGCGUCUACAGCACGUCGGUCACCGGCUCCCGCGAAAUCAAGUCCCAGCAGAGUGAGGUGACCCGCAUCCUGGACGGGAAGCGCAUCCAGUACCAGCUAGUGGACAUCUCCCAGGACAACGCCCUGCGGGAUGAGAUGCGAGCCUUGGCGGGCAACCCCAAGGCCACCCCACCCCAGAUCGUCAACGGGGACCAAUACUGCGGGGACUAUGAGCUCUUCGUGGAGGCUGUGGAGCAAAACACGCUGCAGGAGUUCCUGAAGCUGGCCUGAGUCCAGCCCCCUGAUGGGUUCCCCUGGACUCGGUCACCAUGUUCUCCCGCAGCCCUCACCUCUGGCCUCGAAGGACCUUGUGACCAACUUCCCCGUCAUUCCUAACCUUUGGCCUUGGAGACCCUCUCCCCAGCCCAAGCCUCUUCUCCACUCCGUCUCCGAGAUUGUCUUAAGCAGCAGCCCCAGUGCUGGCCAUCCCAGCCAGGCCUUGGGGCUGCCGCCUAUCUGCCUGGCACUGACCAGGGCACCUCUUCUUGGUUCCCUGAGCCAGAGCUCUGCCAAAGGCCCCGCAGUCCCUUGCCUGGGAGCACCCUAGACAAUUAAAUGCCCAUUCCACUG